AUGGAGGAACUUCCAGGAGGAGUACUGACCCAAGGAAGAGUCUCCUUCAAAACUCAGCAGCAAUUACAAACUAAUAAGAAUGCGAAGCUUUUUGAGCAGAGGUGUUGGAACAGGGCAAAUGAUGAAAUAAUGGCAACAAGAACUAAACAUUACCAUUAUGAGUCUUUGAAUAUCCCUCUGCACGCCAUGGAGUUUCUAUGUCGAUCAUGGAGCCCAACUGCCUCUGGCUUCCUACAGACAUUGUCAUCAUCCAAUAAACAGAUAUUGGAUAUUGAUGAUCACAAGCAAAGACAAAUAGGGGAGCAUGAAGAGAAGGUAGAUCAUAACAGUGAUGUUUUAGGGGAGCAGGAAGGAAUAAUAUUCCAAGUAGAUGAUGGAAAAAAACAUGCAGCUCAAAGCAACAAAAAACUGAUAUGGCGCAUUAAGGGUUGGCUAAGAGAAAAUUCAUUGACUGGUAUAUUGAGGUGGAAAAGAGAGAAGAAGAAGGAAGAAGUUCGACUCCUCACUGCCAAAAUACAUGCUGCACUUUCUGUGGCACGGCUGGCUGCAGCAAUUGCUGGCUUUGCAGCCACCAACAGCAUGGAAAUAGAAAAGAAUAUGGACAAUGAAACUGUGAAAAUAAGUAAUGGGGUUGCCUGUGCCUCUGCAUUGCUAGCCAGUGCUUGUGCCGAAGCUGCAGAAUCAGUAGGUGCACAUAGAGCAGAUGUUGCCUCUGCUGUCAACUCUGGCCUGACCAUUCAAACCCCUGCUGACAUUAUUACUCUUACUGCUGCUGCUGCAACAGGGGAGCUGCAACCCUCGAAUCAAGAGCAACUUCCAUCCUGCAAUUCCCAGACAGGAACAAAGAGCCAGUUAAAUUAG